AGUGAAUCAGAAAAAGUAACACUCACGUCAACGGUUGUGUAUUUUGUACAAUUUUUAUUACCAAGGCGAAACUUAUUGUUGAUAAGGGACGCAUUCAAACGUAAAAUUUAUUCUCGGGGGUAAUAUUUCACCGUUUUUUGUACACGUAAUAAUUUGUCGCGGGUUUUUUUCCCACCUAUCAUAAUGUCGGAUGCAGUUGUAAAUCUCAAGUUGGGUAAAAUACAAGGAGUGAAAUUACAGUCAGCUUUUUCCGGAGCCGAGUAUUGUGCUUUUUAUGGAGUGCCUUAUGCUCAACCUCCAGUGGGAGAUUUACGUUUCAAAGAUCCGGUGAAAAUAAAACCAUGGAAGAGUAUCAAGGAUGCUACAUCACCGAAAGGAGGUUGUGCUCAAGUAUCAAUAUUCACUUUCCGAUACCAGGGAAGCGAAGACUGUUUAUAUGUGAAUGUGUACACACCACGAAUUCCCAAAAAAGGUGAUCCACUGAUGCCAGUAAUCGCUUGUAUACCUUUGGGAGGAUUACAAUCAGGUUCGCCGGAUCCAGAUCAUCAAGGAUCGCCAGAUUUUUUCAUGCAUCAUGAUAUCGUAUACGUUGGCAUCAGCCACAGACUUCAUAUCUUGGGUUUCAUGAACCUGCACAUGAACGAAUGCCCGGGAAACAUGGGAUUGAAAGACAUGAUAAUGGCUUUUGAAUGGAUUCAAGAAAACAUAAAGGCUUUCGGAGGAGAUCCCGAUAACGUGACUGCAUUAGGAUCAAGCAGUGGAGCUACCAUGAUUCAUGCUUUCCUAUUAGCGCCUGCAGUAAAACCGUUAUUCCACAAGGCUAUUUUAAUGGGAGAUUACAUUUUUAAUAACGUCCUGAAAGUCGACGAAGAUAAUAGCGAAUAUGCUUUCGAGUUCGCUCGUGGUCUUGGAUUUAAUGGAGAUAACCCGAAACAUCUGUUAUCAUUUUUGAAAACUGUACCAGUUAACGUUCUAGUCACCCAAUUAAAAAUGUACCAAUCGAUGCUAGAAAAGCAAAAAGAUUACUGCAAGAUAUUUCCAUCAGCAAAAUUCUUACCAACUAUAGAUGCGGAUGCGCAAUGGUCUCUCGUACCAUGCAACGCUCGAAAAUUCAUCCCUCAAACCAAAAAGAUACCGAUAAUGUACGGGCAGUGCCAAAAAGAAGCAAUAUUAGGAUUCACAAAAAUCCUGGGAGUAACGACCGAAGAUCAUUUCAAAUUGUCAAGUCGCCAAAACUGUUGGGGAUGGAUGAAUGAUUUGGAUGACGAAUCGCUGAACAUUAUUAAUGACAAAGUCGAAGCAUUUUAUUACAAAGAUUAUGGGAAAGUCAGGCCACUUAGCGCUCAAAUCGAUGUAAUCAGCGACACAGCUUUUUCGGAAGUUUACGAAACAGUAGUUGAUUUGAUAGCUGACGAAUGCCCAGUUUACGUUUAUAAAUUCGAAUACGAAGGUGAAUUGGGAGCUGUAUAUAAUUUAGCCACAAAAUACAUGAAUGAAACAGUAAAAGGCACAUACCACGCUGAUGACUUCAGUUACUGGACCAAAAUGGAUCCAGAACCAAAAGUUUCAGACAGAAGUAGAGAAAUGAUAAAAAUAUUCACCAAGCUCAUAGUGAACUUCGCCACAACUGGGAAUCCCAACGACAAUACCAUGAAAGUCGAAUGGAAAACACAUAAACGAGAAAAUCCGUGUUAUUUAAGCAUAAACGAGACUUUGCAAAUGAUCGAAGGCCGUUUAAACAACGAAAGAGCCAUAUUCUGGGACGAGAUUAAGAGAGAAUUCAAAAAACCAGAUAACUUCGAUGCGGAAUAAAUUUGAAAUCAUUCGCCGAGGAAUAGAUAUACAUACUGUAACGUGCUCCAAACAAAUUAAAUCUAGACAAUCUAUUAAUACGCGACUUAUUCUUCAAAGAGAAUAAAAUUUCAUAAUUCCUUCCAUUUUAAACGUUCAUUGACGAGAAUUCACGAUGAAAAACAUGAUAACACUGCGAAGUGGGAAUGCAAAUGACGAUUCAUACCGUAAGUAAUAAAUAACUAGACCAGUGUGACUAAUCAGCCGGUAAGUUUCGGUAUUCAUUAUCAAUUCGUAGUAUACUUACAUAAGAGUUAACGUCGAUCGUAUAAUCUUACCUUUGUGUCGCGAUAUUAAUUAAUAAAUAUGGUGUUGAGAAACGCGUACGAAAGUAUAUCGAAAUUUUUAUCAUUCUGGUACAUGAGGUAUCUGCUAACGACGGAACUAUACAUCGUAGAGCCAUGGGAAAGAGCUGUCAUGCAUAUUAUAAUCGUACUGUUCUUGUUGGUGUUAUCGUAUAUCAAUAUGAGCUUGAUAGACUACUACAGCUAUGGAGUUUCUUACGUUCGGUCAUUGUUCUGAUAACGUUUCCAACUUCCAAGACUUCCAAGACCAAAGAUUCGACAUCAGCGACGGUGAACACCUAUCUGUAUAUCGAGCUAGAGAUGGGGAAACCAAACUGAAUUACCUAUUCAUUUAAAAAGAACAAAUUUUCAUAACGCGAAGAAGACCUAGCUCAUACAUCGCAAUUAUUUCCAAACGUAUUAUUUCAGAUUAAUGCUUUAUUAAUAAAUAAUUUUCUACUUACGA